UUCUUCCCCCCGCGCAUGCGCACAAAGCUUUUCCCAUCCUGUGCUUUUGCUGACUGGUCCCGGAUGGGCACGUUCGUCUCGACCCAGAGCACCCAAAUGGUACCGCUAACGAGUUGACACGCCAGGCCCAGUGAACCAUGCUGCUCCAAGCCCAGCGCGUGUCCGUCUUCACCUUCCAGUCGGCCGUGCACAGCGCUCACGUACUGCAGUGCCUGGACGAGCAGCGGCGGCGGGACCUUCUGUGCGACGUGACCGUGGUGGUGGAGGGCCGCAGCUUCCGGGCCCACGCCGCCGUCCUGGCCUCGUGCAGCGAGUACUUCCACGGCUGCGUCGCUGUCGCCGACUCCAAACGCAACACCGUCGUCGCCCUGCCGGAUGAGGUGACAGUGCGGGGCUUUGAACCUUUGCUCCAGUUCGCCUACACCUCCAAGUUGCUCUUCACUAAAGAAAACAUCCACGAGAUCCAAAGCUGCGCCAAAUUCCUGGGCUUUCGCAACCUGGAGUCGGCAUGCUUCGAUUUCCUCAUCCCCAAGUUUUGCGAGCCGGAAGCGCAGGAUGUCAAGCGGAGGCGCUGCUGUCAAGGCGGAGAGGCAAAGCCGCCGCCGCGCAGCUGCCACUUGGGCUCGGAACCCCUGCCGCCGUUCCCGUCGGGCGCUCCGACCCGCGACUUGUGUUUGGAAACCUGCGGGCGGCAGAUGUCUUCGGUAUCCCCGGAUUUGUCGGCCGACGUCGCGUGUCCGAUGCUGUCGCUGGCCGAUCCGGCCAAAGCGGGGCACGCCUCGCAGCUGUGCGCCGGCGGGGACAUUUUGGCCUCCCGUGACGUUUGCGCUCAAAGCCAGUCGGGUCCGCCGGAGUUGCCGUGCGAGCUGGCGGCGGCGGUGCCCGUGGAUCCGCUCGACGGGAUGCAGCCCGGGCAGGGACUCGACGAGGACUGCGGCCUCGUUUCUUGUCUUGAUGAGGGAUUCUCUGAGAGAAGCAAGGAUGAGCGGGAAGUGGCCGAGCAUCUGGCCAAGGGGUUUUGGUCCGACCUGUACCCGCCGGCUCAGACUGCGCCCCCCUCGGACAGGAGCGAUCUGGAGAAAUCCCCUUCGGACUUCCAUUGGCUCAAACAGCUGGACCUGACCUCCAAUCCGGCCGACUGUCCUUUCCUCAGGGAGCUCGGAUCGGCCGACGAGUCGAACCCGUGCGCCGACGCUCCGUCCCAGUCGGAGAAGAGCCCCUGCGUAUCCUCGCUCAACUCCGGGGAUGACUCCGACGUGGACACGGACGGCGACACGGAGGCCAACAACAGGAGAGCGGCCGAGAUUCAGCUGCCGUUCCCAGUGGAGCACAUCUCGGCGCUGAGUCGCAGCGCUUUCCAGCAGCUUCUCAAGCACCAUUCCAUGACGGCCGAGCAGCUGGACUUUGUUCACGACGUCCGGCGCCGGAGCAAAAAUCGCGCGGCGGCCCAACGAUGCCGGAAGAGGAAGAUGGACAGCAUCCACCAUCUCGACGGUGACAUCAAAACAUUAAAAAGCGAGAAGGAGAAGUUACUUCAGGAGCGUGCAGAACUGGAGCAGAACCUGGAGGAAACACGCCAGAGUCUUUGCAGGCUGUGCAAGAGCGUCAGCGCCGAGCCCGCCUCGGACCAGGAGCGCCUGCGCUUCCUGGCCAAGCUGUCGGCCCCCGACUCGCCGCAGAAAGACGCGUGAAGGUGGAUUUAAAGCGGUAAGUUUGGAGCCUCGGGCCUGCCCUGGAUGUACUUCACCUUGUGUGCAAGGACCUUUUUAUAGUAUGCCAAACUGUAGACACGGAUGUGGCAUUUUGAAAUAACCUCAAUGUAGAUGGGGAUUUAACUGUGGCAAGUGCGUUCCUAACCACAGCAUAGGCAUCCGUCGUUUGAUUUCUCAGGGAAGAGACUCACCCUGAUCCCUAAACCUGCACUUGAACACGUCCCCCCCCCCCUAACUCGUUUUUAUCAUCAAGUAUUAUAUGACUGUAAUUCUCUGAAGAAAUAUGCAAAGCGCUAACGGAACUUUUCUACAUCACGAUACUGUCAGUGCUAACGCGCAUCGUCCGUAACGGUAUUGUUGAUGCUCUGUCAUGCAAACGGUGCCUUAUGCAUUUCAUUGGAAAGCACUGUUGCACAUGAACCCAGAGCCCAUAUUGAUGACAAUUUUCUAUUAAAUGCUUUCUUUUGCAAUCAAAA